UCUAUCUCUUCAUAGUUUUACUUCUUCUCUGCUAUAUUCUGUUUUUGUUCUCUCUCUAGUCCAAAACUUGAGGAAAUAUUGAAAAUGGCAAAAAAUGAGCCAGCUUUCAUUGGGGCAAUUGAUCAAGGCACUACAAGCACCAGAUUCAUCAUCUAUGAUCAACAUGCUCGCUCUGUUGGAUCUCACCAAGUCGAGUUCACUCAGUUCUACCCUCAAGCCGGAUGGGUAGAGCAUGAUCCAAUGGAGAUAUUGGAAAGUGUGAGGCUCUGUAUGGCAAAGGCAGUGGACAAGGCCACAGCUGAUGGGCAUAAUGUUGAUGGUGCAUUGAAGGCAAUUGGGAUUACUAAUCAAAGAGAGACUACUCUUGUUUGGAGCAAAUCAUCUGGUGCUCCUCUUCAUAAUGCAAUUGUUUGGAUGGAUGCUCGCACUAGUGCCAUCUGCAGGAAAUUGGAGAAAGAAUUGCCAGGAGGAAGAACUCAUUUUGUUGAGACUUCUGGUUUGCCAAUAAGCACUUAUUUUAGUGCAAUGAAAAUAUUAUGGUUGAUGGAAAAUGUGGAUGCUGUUAAAUUGGCUACCAAAACGGGGGAUGCUUUGUUUGGAACUGUAGAUACUUGGUUAAUCUGGAAUUUAACCGGUGGAGUGUCAGGUGGCCUGCAUGUCACUGAUGUCUCUAAUGCAUCUCGAACUAUGCUCAUGAAUAUCAAAACUCUUGAUUGGGAUAAAACCACAUUGCAAACCCUAGGAAUUCCAGCUGGAAUUUUGCCCAAAAUAGUUAGCAACUCUGAGAUUAUUGGAAAUGUUGGCAAGGGGUGGCCAGUUCUGGGUGUUCCUAUUGCAGGAUGUCUAGGUGACCAACAUGCUGCAAUGGUAGGACAAGGUUGUAGAAAAGGAGAGGCCAAAAGCACUUAUGGAACUGGUGCUUUCAUACUUCUUAACACAGGCGAGAAGAUAGUUAAGUCAAAUCAUGGACUUCUAACCACAUUAGCUUUUAAGCUUGGUCCCAAAGCACCUACAAAUUAUGCUCUAGAGGGUUCAAUUGCUAUUGCUGGAGCUGCAGUCCAGUGGCUUAGGGAUGGCCUUGGGAUAAUUAAUGUUGCAAGUGAGAGUGAGGUACUUGCAAAGCAGGUUGAUUCGAGUGGUGGGGUUUAUUUUGUACCUGCUUUUAAUGGAUUGUUUGCUCCACAUUGGCGUGAUGAUGCUCGUGGGGUUUGUGUUGGGAUCACAAGGUUUACAACUAAGGCUCACAUUGCUCGAGCUGUGCUUGAGAGCAUGUGUUUUCAAGUUAAAGAUGUUUUGGAUUCGAUGCAGAAAGAUACUGGCGAAAAGGGAGAGCAAAACAAUGCGAAGGGGGAGUUCUUGCUUAGAGUUGAUGGUGGUGCAACUGUUAACAACCUUUUGAUGCAGAUUCAGGCCGACUUGUUGGGAAAUGCAGUUGUGAGACCAGCUGAUAUAGAGACAACAGCUCUUGGAGCAGCCUAUGCUGCUGGUUUGGCUAUUGGGGUUUGGAAAGAAGAGGAGAUUUUUGCUACUGGAGAAAAGGUUAAGACAGCAACCACUUUCCAUCCCAAUUUACAUGAGCAACAGAGGAAGAAGAAGGUUGAGUCUUGGUGCAAAGCUGUUGAAAAAUCUUUCGGCUUGGCCGAUCUUUCAAUAUGAAACACUUUAUAUUGCCUGUGCUUUUUUGCCCUUGCUUCGUAUUUAAGUUAAAUAACUAAGUUUAAUUUUGUGUCAGGAAAUUGUGAAAUCCACAGUCUGUUAAUAUUAAUGAUAAUAAUUGCUGAUAUCUGAUUAGA